AUGCCCAAGAAACAGCUGUAUAGGGCCAGGGCACACAGUAAUCCCUUGAACGACCAAUUCUUUGACGUCCCACUCUCCCCCAAACAUGUCAACUGGGCUGAGAUUUACCCAGAAGCAUAUGCGGCGGCCGCAGCGGCAGGGCAGCCCCCUCCCCUGGUUCGUUUCGCGGACGUUGGGUGUGGGUUCGGUGGCCUCACGGUGAAGCUGGCGGAGAACUUCCCGGGCAAGCUCGUGGUGGGUAUGGAGCUGCGCGACAAAGUCACAGAGUAUGUGAAGGCUCGGGUCAUCGCCCUCAGGCUCCAGUCGCCCGGAAGCUACCACAAUGCUGGGGUGGUCCGCACAAAUGCCAUGAAGUGCCUGCCCAACUACUUUGCCAAGGGGCAGCUGGAGAAGCUCUUCUUCCUCUUUGCGGACCCGCACUUCAAGGCCGCCAACCACCGCCGACGCAUCAUCCAGACAACCCUCCUGGCGGAGUACGCCUUCAUCAUGGCACCGGGUGGCAUCCUCUACACCAUCACGGAUGUGGAGGAACUGGGCAUCUGGAUGAAGGAGAAGCUGGAUGCGCACCCGCUCUUCGAGGCGGUGCCCGAGGUGGAGGUGGAGCGGGACCCCGCGGCAGCCCUGCUCCUCCAAGGCACAGAGGAGGGUCAGAAGGUGGCUCGCAAUGGCGGGAAGACCUGGCGAGCCGUGUACCGGCGGAUACAGGACACGUGA